CCACCAAUCGGAUAAUAAAUGGAGAAAAUGCAGCUUCCAAACAAUUUCCGUAUCAAGUCUAUUUAGAAAGACGUAUGAAUGGUAAUUGGACACAUGGUUGUGGUGGUGUUAUAAUAUCGAAUAGAACCGUCCUCACAGCUGCUCAUUGUAUAAAGGAUUCAAUGGAUGCCUUUAAAAUCUACUUUGGAGCUGUUGACAGAACCAAUAUCUUCGAAACGGGACAACAACGUUUAAUAGUCAAGAGGAAGAAUAUUAUCGUUCAUUCUGAAUAUGAUCCACACCAAAGACUUAAUGAUAUAGCUCUGAUCAGAUUACCAGCCGAAAUUCUAUUUGAUGAGUAUAUUCAGCCUGCUAAGUUGCCUGAUUUGGACAAAUUAUAUGAUAACGAAAUUGGAGUUGCUUCCGGCUGGGGCAUGUCUGAUAGAAAUUCCUGGAAACCGACAAGCAAUCUACAGUACCUUAAUGUAACCAUAUUUCCUUAUGAAGAAUGCAAACCACUUGUGCAGAAAUACAAGGCAUUCCACGCAAAAUUCUUUCAGCAUCGUAUAUUUGUUUGAAGCCCAGUCAAGGCAGUACUUGUCAUGGCGACGACUCUG